UCUUACAAAUACUGGUCCUGAAAUUUCUGCAGGCCGGAGUGUGCUCACACCAUAUAGCUUCAAAAAGCAAAAAGAGAGAAGGAAUCUUCGAAAUUCGAAAAAUCAGCUAAUGGAUAGUGGAGAAGAGUAUGGAGCAAAUCAAUUAGCCUGCCCUUACAAGGAUAUCUGCAAAGAAACCUUUUCUGACGAAACUAAAAAGCAGCGACAUAUUCAAGAGCAGCACGUAUCUUUUGAAUGUCAUAUAUGUGGUAAUAUACUGCCUUUCUACAAUCUGUACCAACAACACAUGGAAAGCCACGCGAUUGCUCGGUCACUGCGCUUAUCGUAUAAUAGUAGGAAGGAUAACAACCGCACAACUUCCAUUACCAACCAGAGCAGUAGCUCUGACAACGACAAUCAACGGUAUAAUAUGGCUAGAACAAGAACGUAUUUAUUCGGAUCUGAAAUGUGUAACAAACAUGUACUUUUCAGAAAAAAAUUCAGUUGCUAUCAAAGACAAAUGGAAAAUUCGGAUCAAAGUUACAUUUGUGGAUCGUGCUUCUGUGUAUAUCAACAUGAGCGAGAUUUCAUGAAUCAUAAAUGCAAACCGUCAGCUAACCAGGCCGAGCAUGUUAAUGUGAGGAAGUUUUCUACCAAACAUACAUCUGCCAAGAGCGCAUCGCAAAGCAUGUACGCAGGGCAUUUGGGAAAGAAUCUCGCAACGUCGAAACGACCCCGUUAUAAUCCAGAAUUCCUCGACAUUGAAAUACUCCCAGAUGCGAAUAAAAUCUAGAAAUGGAGUCAUGACUGUUCCUUGAAUAAAAGUUUCAGACAUUUCGAUAAUGCUAUUUAUAAUACAAGCUGAUUUACUUUUGAAAAGCUAAAACGUUAGCGAGCGGCACAAACACAUGAUAUAUCGGGUUCAAAUUGCGACUGAGCCUACCCCGUACGUUAGAAUGACUAUUCAGAUACGUGAAAAUAUCAAGUCAUAGAAAUCCUUAGCAAGGCCAGGCCUUGACCGUACACCGGUUGUUGAGCCACUUAAGAAGAUUUGCUUUUAAUUCAUACAUUACGUAAACAGAGUUGAAAUCGUUUUUAAUUUUAAUACAAUAAGGAAGCAUUUAUUCCGCUUCCAACUACG